AUGGUGUGUCCGUGCCGCAGCGUGAGUGCCUGUGCUGCAUUUGCACCGUUGCCUCCGUCAGUUCUCUUCCCUUUCUUCUUUCCCUUUUUUUGGCGGUUUUGCGCGCAGCAUACACAAUUUUCAGCGAAGGGAAGGGUAACAGUCAAUCCGCACGCCAUGUCGUCCAUCCCUGAUGAGCUUUUUGGCCGUUGGAGGAUGACUACGUUCAACGGAUUGAAUUUUGUGGAUCUCGGGUAUCAGCCCUGCCCGAUGUCGUUGGAACCUGCAGGAGAUAGGGUGGAGAUUUUCAUUCAAAUCGUCAACUACAUGUCCGGCACACUGGAGUAUCGAGAUGGCCAGCUUAUUGGAUCUCUCAUGUCAACAAUGAUUGCGGGAGAAGGCCUUUUUGAAGAGAUUGAGGAAGCAUUUGGUGAGGGAAUUGAAGUUGGAAUGGACGUCCUUUUUGAAGAAGCUACGAUGACCUUCUCUCAAGGCGGGAACUCCUUUGUGUUUGUGGCCCAACCUGACUCCGCACAACAGUGA